AGUUAUUUGGAAGAUGGCGCCCGUUGUUACGGGAAAGUUUGGUGAGAGACCACAGCCUCAGCGUUUGACAAGGGAGGCUAUGAGGAAUUAUUUAAAGGGGAAGGAUGAUCAAACAGUUCUCAUAUUACAUGCAAAAGUUGCACAGAAGUCAUAUGGCAAUGAGAAAAGGUUUUUCUGCCCGCCACCAUGUGUGUAUCUGAUGGGCAGUGGCUGGCAAAAGAAGCUAGAGAAUAUGGAGAAGGAGGGUUGUACUGAGCAGGAGGCUCAGCCAUGUGCAUUUAUUGGGAUAGGCAACAGUGAUCAGGAGAUGCAGCAACUCAAUCUAGAGGGGAAGCACUUCUGCACUGCUAAGACACUGUAUAUCAGUGACUCAGACAAAAGGAAACACUUCAUGCUGUCUGUGAAGAUGUUGUACGGAAACAGCGCAAACAUAGGAGUCUUCCUUAGCAAGAGGAUCAAGGUCAUCUCCAAGCCCUCCAAAAAGAAACAGUCCUUGAAAAAUGCAGAUUUGUGUAUAGCUUCAGGCACCAAGGUGGCAUUGUUCAACCGUCUGCGUUCUCAGACGGUUAGUACCAGGUAUCUUCAUGUGGAGGGUGGAAACUUUCUUGCAAGCUCCCAACAGUGGGGAGCCUUUUACAUUCACCUGUUGGAUGAUGAGGAGUCUGAAGGAGAGGAGUUUGCUGUUAGAGAUGGCUACAUUCACUAUGGCCAAACCGUCAAACUGGUCUGCUCUGUUACUGGCAUGGCCCUGCCUAGACUGAUCAUUCGCAAAGUGGAUAAGCAGGCUGCAUUAUUGGAUGCAGAUGACCCAGUGUCACAGCUUCACAAGUGUUGCUUCUACCUGAAAGAUACAGAAAGAAUGUAUCUCUGUCUCUCGCAGGAAAGGAUCAUACAAUUCCAGGCCACACCAUGCUCCAAAGAGACUAACAAGGAGAUCAUUAAUGACGGGGCAUCUUGGACUAUCAUUAGCACUGACAAGGCAGAAUACACCUUUUAUGAGGGUAUGGGCCCUGUCCCUACACCAGUCACACCUGUCCCUGUAGUUGAAAGUCUGCAGUUAAAUGGUGGUGGAGAUGUGGCAAUGUUGGAGCUGACUGGACAGAACUUCACUCCUAACCUCAGAGUGUGGUUUGGAGAUGUGGAGGCUGAUACCAUGUACAGAUGUGGUGAGAGUGUUCUGUGUGUGGUGCCAGACAUCUCUGCCUUCAGGGAGGGCUGGCGCUGGGUGAGACAGCCAGUACAGGUUCCAGUCACACUGGUCAGAAACGAUGGCAUCAUCUACUCCACCGCCCUCACUUUCACCUACACCCCUGAACCAGGACCCAGACCUCACUGCAGUGCUGCUGGGGCCAUCCUGCGGUCACACAGCACCUCUUCAUCAUCACCAGCAUCGUCAUCCUCACCUUCAUCCUCUUUGGGUGGGCUCGGUGACGGCCAAGGGGCUUAUAGCAGUAGUGACUCAGGCAUGUCAUCAGGAGGGUCGACUAUGUCAGUGCUGUCAUAGUGAUACUUAUCCUAUACAUGUGCUGUUGUUGUUUGUUUGUUUUGACCACUGGAUGACUUAGAGAAAAUGUGUGCAUGGACUUUUCCAAAGAGGGUCAUGGACCUAUGAAAUAGCACACAGACUGAAAUGUUUUUAACAGAGAAAGCAGUCAUCAUCGGGAAAGCUCCAGACUCCAGAGAGAUGAGAAAUGGACUCAGUCCCCUCUUUAGCUCCCUCUUGUGGUUGGUCACAGACAAGUCAAAGACUCCCAAUCAGAAGACCUUUACACAUCCAAGACUUGGACCUAUGGAUGAAUCUUGUUCAAACCGUCAAAACAACAGAAUUGUGUUUUUAUACACUUGUGGGUUUAGAGCUAUUUUCACAGUUCUCUCUUUCUACCAGGAUCAUGUUUUUUAUUAAAAACUUGAUUUGUCUGUUGUGUGUAAGGGAAAAAUGUGUUAUAAGAGUUACAUAGUUUUAUGGACCAAGGAUUAUUAUUAUAUUAUUUUAUUCAUAUUGUAUUUUAUAAGCUUUUCCACGGUACAUUUUACAUAUUUUGUCAUGUUUCUUAUGAUACUGAAUAAUAGUUUCAAUUUUGUUACCAAAUAGAUUUUACGUACAUCUCCUACCAGGGUCGGAUGUAACAUUUAGUGUGUUUCUUUUAAUAGUCUGAAGGCAGCUCCUCUGCUUUUCUCCACUUUAUUUCAACUUCACUGGUGUGUUUGAGAAUAAUGAUUACUUAACAGCAGUGCCUGUUUGUCCUGCAUGCUGUGUAACUGUAAAAAGAAAUGAUCAUAAUUAUGGCAAUUACGGCACAAGCUGCUUUGAUGGUGUAGCUCAGUGAACCUAACCAGUUAGUCUCAGAACACUUUAAAGAUAGAGUUUUGAUGAGAAAAUGUUUGCAUAUGCAUCAGGUAUUAGUAUAUUCUCAGAAACCAGGGCCUAUGUUUUCUUUUGAGUAUGGUCAGUGUAAGUCUGAAGACUAACACUGAAAUCAUAACAAAAUCAAUCCCUCCUUUACAAAAUUAUGCACUCAACAAACUCCCUCUAAAUGUAGAGUUCUACUAAAUCAAGGAACAAAGAAGGAUAACUAUGUCUGCUACUUUGGAUGGGGAUUAAGUUGAGUUUGGGUAGGGGCCUUUGUGUUGAAGAAAGCUUUAACAUUGUCUUUGCCUUUUAGCUGUGCCUUCAGCCAGCUUUGCUAAUCAGUACAUUGGGAGUGUGUCUUGUUGUAGUAUAUUUUUUUUUAAUCAUGGCUUCUGACUGCAAAGACAUUGAAGCAUUUGUUAAACAUCGGCUUUGGAUGCACUCUCGGUCCUGUGAAACUUGGUAACAACCUGUAUUAGUCCAAAGUCAGCUUUUUUUCUGCCUCUAUACAUAACUUUCUCACCAGUUUAAACAUAUAAACUGAAUUUUUGACCUGAUAAAUUAGUCACCUUUCAAAUGUAUGUCAUGCUUAAAGUUUUCUAAAGUAACAAACUUUUUUUCCCUAAUACUGCAACUUCAGUGUUUUAAAGUUUCUAGUAACCAUCCAAACAUGGCAUUAGGAAGAUGUUAUGACAAAAACUAUGAUUUUACAUAAUAACUCUUCAUUCUCCAUUAUUUUUCAUGCUGUUAUUGCACAGUUUUCUCCUGGUGCCUCAUUUUUUAAUUUAAAUUAAGUUCACUUCCCCACAAUUUGAGAAUGGAUGUCGUGUUAUUAUUCCAGUUACACUGUUGUUGUCAACAGGGGUGAAAGGAUGGGGCACUCCUGGUUGGCCCUGUUUUUAAAUCUUUGAAUUUGUGAUCACUGCCUGGGUCACUUUUUAUGUUAUUGGUCAGACAUAUUAUCUACUAGCUGAGGUGUAUUCUUUUAAGAUAAACUGUGAGCUGGCCUGCUGUAUCCAUCUCAUCAUGUCAUCAUACUGGCAGCUUUAUUGGCAUGUUCAUUGCUUUUGUUUUAAUGCAGUAACUAAGUGUCUUUACUGUCAUGUUUGUUUUGUAAUUGUGAGCCCCUCUGUCUUUUCAGUCGGGUGUGCUGCCCUUUAAGUAAAUCUCUCCUCUGAAAAAUAAUGAAUAAAAAAACUAA